GCCGGUGCUGACACACACACACACACACACAAACACACACACUCCUCCGCUGGGCGCGAGCACACACGGGCUUGACUGACACAUGCUGCGGUAUUCUGCACCGCUGGACGGCCGUGGAUUAGCUUUAUGCUAAUAUCGACAGGAGCGGGGAGCCAGCGGAGUCUGAACGGGCUCCUUUCUUCGCAGCCAUGGCUGAAGGAGGAGAGGGAGAGGAUGAGAUCCAGUUCCUCAGGACUGAUGAUGAAGUGGUGCUCCAGUGCGUGGCCUGCAUCCAGAAGGAGAAUCGCAAGUUCUGCCUGGCUGCCGAAGGGCUGGGGAAUCGCCUGUGUUACCUGGAGCCCACAUCUGAGGCAAAGUAUGUGCCUCCAGACCUGUGCAUCUGUACCUUUGUGCUGGAGCAGUCUCUGUCUGUUCGAGCCCUGCAGGAGAUGCUCGCUAAGAGUGGACAAAACAGUGAAGGGGCAGCCCAGAGCGGUGGACACAAGACGCUGCUGUAUGGACAUGCCAUCCUACUGCGGCAUUCCUUCAGCUACAUGUACCUGGCCUGUUUGAAGACAUCAAGGUCACAGACAGAUAAGCUAUCGUUUGAUGUCGGCCUGCAGGAGGAUUCAACAGGUGAAGCCUGUUGGUGGACAAUCCACCCUGCCUCCAAACAGAGAUCAGAGGGAGAGAAAGUACGCAUCGGUGAUGACCUAAUCCUCGUCAGUGUCUCCUCUGAAAGAUAUCUUCACUUAUCCAUCUCCAAUGGAAACAUCCAGGUGGAUGCUUCAUUUAUGCAGACUCUGUGGAACGUCCAUCCCAUCUGCUCUGGUAGCAACGUAGAAGAAGGUUACCUGUUAGGCGGUCACGUGAUGCGCCUCUUUCAUGGUCACGAUGAGGUGGUGAGCAUCCCAGGCUCAGAUCAGAGUGAAGAGCAGCAAAGGAUAGUCAACUAUGAGACGGGGAAAGCAGGUGCCAAGGCGAGGUCCUUGUGGAGGCUGGAGCCUCUUCGAAUUAGCUGGAGUGGGAGUCACAUUCGCUGGGGUCAGCCCUUUCGAUUGCGACACCUGACCACCGGUCACUACUUGGCCUUGACCGAGGACAAGGGUCUGGUGCUGCAGGACCGGGAGAGGUCUGACACGAUUUCCACAGCCUUCUGCUUUAGAGCAUCCAAGGAGAAGCUGGAGCAGAGCCCCAAGCGGGACAUUGAGGGCAUGGGGGUGGCAGAGAUUAAAUACGGGGACUCUAUCUGCUUUAUCAUGCAUGUGGCCACAAGUCUGUGGCUCUCCUACCAGGCACCUGAUGUCAAAUCUUCACGACUGGGUCCUCUCAAGAGAAGAGCAUGCCUUCAUUCCGAGGGACACAUGGACGACGGCCUCACCCUGCAGCGCUGUCAGCACGAGGAGUCUCGUGCCGCACGAAUUAUCCGCAACACCACGUUACUCUUUAAACGAUUCAUUAGAGAUCUCGACUGUUUGAGUGUUAAGAACAGGGCAAUGGUCGCCUUACCUGUGGAGGAGGUGCUGCAGACCCUCAACGACCUCAUUGCCUAUUUUCAGCUCCCCGACGCAGAGCUGGAGCACGAGGAAAAGCAGAUUAAGCUGCGCUCACUGAAGAACAGACAGAAUCUCUUCAAACAGGAAGGCAUGCUGACCCUUGUCUCCAACUGUAUUGACCGGCUGAAUGUAUAYAACAGUGCGGCCCACUUUGGGGAGUAUGCUGGGUUAGAAGCYGGAGCAGCCUGGAAAGAUAUUCUUAAUCUGCUGUAUGAGCUGCUAGCGGCGUUAAUCCGAGGGAACAGGAACAACUGCACUCAGUUCUCCAAUAACUUGGACUGGCURGUGAGCAAGCUGGAAAGGCUGGAGUCAUCUUCAGGCAUCCUGGAAGUUCUGCACUGCAUUUUAAUUGAGAGCCCCGAGGCRCUCAAUAUCAUCCAGAAAGGACACAUUAAGUCCAUCAUAUCACUGCUUUACAAGCAUGGUCGCAACCACAAGAUUCUGGACGUGCUCUGUUCGCUGUGCGUGUGUAAUGGUGUAGCUGUGCGAACCAAUCAGAACCUCAUCUGCGACCACUUGCUGCCAAAACGAGAUCUGCUGUUACAAACUCAGCUGGUCAAUGAUGUCCAGAGCAUGAGACCAAACAUCUUCCUGGGUGUGAGUGAAGGCUCCGCCCAGUAUAAGAAGUGGUACUAYGAGCUGAUGAUCGACCAGGUGGACCACUUUGUGACCAGUGAGCCCUCCCACCUGAGAGUGGGUUGGGCCAACACUAAAGGYUACGCACCUUACCCCGGAGGGGGCGAGGGCUGGGGGGGCAACGGAGUCGGCGAUGACCUCUACUCGUAUGGUUUUGAUGGACUCCACCUCUGGUCAGGUCGUAUCCCGCGGGCAGUUGCAUCUGUGAACCAGCAUAUCCUGACUUCAGAGGAUGUGGUGAGCUGUUGUCUGGACCUGGGAGCUCCCAGCAUCUCCUUCAGGAUCAACGGACAGCCUGUGCAAGGCAUGUUUGAAAAUUUCAACAUAGACGGACUCUUUUUCCCCGUCGUCAGCUUCUCUGCAGGGGUCAAGGUGCGCUUCCUGUUAGGUGGCCGACAUGGGGACUUUAAAUUCCUGCCUCCGUCAAAUUAUGCUCCGUGUUUUGAGGCUCUGUUACCCAAGGAGAAAAUGAGGGUGGAGCCAGUGAAAGAGUAUAAGAGAGAUGUUGAAGGAGUCCGGGAUCUGCUGGGAAAUCCUCAGUUCACUUCACAGGCCUCCUUCAUUCCCGUCCCUGUGGAAACCAGCCAGAUUAUCAUGCCUCCUCAUUUGGAGAAGAUUCGGGACAAACUGGCUGAAAACAUCCAUGAACUUUGGGGCAUGAACAAGAUCGAGCUGGGCUGGACUUACGGCAAGAUAAGGGAUGAUAAUAAACGACAGCAUCCAUGCCUGGUGGAUUUCUCAAAGCUGCCAGAAACUGAAAAGAACUACAAUCUGCAGAUGUCAACAGAAACUGUAAAGACUCUGCUGGCGUUAGGCUGUCGUAUUGUUCAGGUGAAUCCAAAUGCAGAGGACUCCCUCAAAAAGUUAAAAUUACCCAAGAAUUAUAUGAUGUCUAAUGGUUAUAAACCAUCCCCUCUGGACCUGUCUGACAUAAAACUGACUCCAGGCCAGGAGCUGCUGGUGGACAAACUGGCAGAAAAUGCACACAAUGUGUGGGCGAAGGACCGCAUCAAACAGGGAUGGACCUACGGCAUUCAGCAGGAUCUGAAGAGUAAACGUAACCCUCGCCUGGUUCCGUAUGUGCUGCUGGACGAGCGGACCAAGAAGUCAAACAGGGACAGCCUGCGCGAGGCUAUCCGCACCAUGAUUGGAUAUGGAUACAACAUCGAGCCCUUAGACCAGGAAGGCGGGCAAACAGUUGAGCGUCUCAGUAUCGAUAAGAUCCGCUUCUUCCGAGUUGAAAGGACRUACGCUGUGAAAACUGGAAAGUGGUACUUUGAAUUUGAAGCCGUUACUGGAGGGGACAUGAGAGUCGGCUGGGCCAGGCCUGGUUGUAAACCUGAUGUGGAGCUUGGUACAGAUGAGCUUGCUUUUGUCUUUGAUGGAUACAGAGGCCACUGUCUGAAYAUGGGGAGUCGGCUGUUUGGGCGCUGCUGGCACGCUGGGGAUGUAGUCAGCUGCAUGAUCAACAUGGAGGACAAGUCCAUAAUCUUUACUCUAAAUGGAGAGAUUCUAAUUACCACCAAGGGCUCUGAACUCUGCUUCACUGACUUUGAGGCUGAAGAUGGAUUUAUUCCAGUCUGUAGUCUCGGUCUGGCUCAGGUGGGUCGCAUGAAUUUGGGGAAAGAUGCUGGCACUUUCAAGUACUACACGACAUGCGGCCUGCAGGAGGGAUUCGAACCCUUCGCUGUCAACAUGAACCGCGAGGUCACGAUGUGGUUCAGCAAGCGUUUGCCUACUUUUGUCAAUGUGCCAAAAAACCACAACCACAUCGCAGUAACCAGGAUUGAUGGMACCAUCGACAGCCCUCCUUGUCUUAAAGUUACUCACAAGACGUUCGGCACCCAGAACAGUAACGCUGACAUGGUGUUUUGUCGUCUCAGCAUGCCUGUAGAGUUUCACUCUUCCUUUAAAUCUAAUCCUGGAGUUGAUAUGAAUGGUGUUCAGGAAGAGGAAAUACUCAAAGUUAAACAAAGAUAUCCACUGAGAUCUGUAAGACACAUUGAAGAAAGUAGACGGGUGGAUUACAGCAGCAUCACUUUGUACCACCACUCAGUGAGAAUCUUCGCUGGUCAGGACCCUAACUGUAUGUGGGUCGGAUGGGUGACUCCCGACUACCACUACUAUAGCAACAACUACCACCUUGGCAAAAACCGAACAGUCACUGUAACCCUGGGUGACGAGCGUGGACGAGUUCACGAGAGCGUGAAGAGGAGUAACUGCUACAUGGUGUGGGGCGGCGACGUGGUCGGUUCUGGCCACGCCUCCGGUGCCAGCAACGUUGAUCUGGAGAUUGGCUGUCUGAUAGACCUUGCCACUGGUUUGCUGACAUACACUGCCAAUGGCAAGGAGAUACCUACAUCUUACCAGGUUGAACCCAACACAAAACUUUUCCCUGCCGUGUUUGUGCGACCCACCAGCCCUACCCUGUUUCAGUUUGAACUGGCGAAAAUAAAGAAUGCCAUGCCUCUGUCRUCAGCCAUCUUUAAAAGUGAGCACAAAAACCCGGUGCCCCAGUCCCCGCCCCGACUGGAUGUGCAGACAAUUAAUGCGGUUCUGUGGAGCCGCAUGCCCAACACCUUCCUCAAAGUGGAGACAGCCAGAGUGAGUGAGAGGCACGGCUGGGUGGUUCAGUGUGUGGAACCCCUGCAGAUGCUGGCAGUCCACAUACCUGAGGAGAACAGGUGUGUCGAUAUCAUGGAGCUGUCCGAGCAGGAGGACAUGCGAAUGUUCCACUACCACACCUUGAAGCUCUACUGUGCCCUCUGUGCGCUGGGAAACACCCGUGUGGCCCACGCCCUCUGCAGCCACCUGGACCAAUCGCAGCUUGUCUACACCAUCGACAAUCAGUACUUGUCUGGCAUGUUGCGUGAAGGCUUCUACAACGUUCUGAUCAGCAUCCACUUGGAGACGGCCAAAGAGGCAAGACUCAUGAUGAAGGAUGAGUUCAUCAUUCCAGUCACAGCUGAAACGCGCUCCAUUCGUCUGUUUUCCGACGCUUCUAAAAAGCACAGUCUGCCUGGAGUGGGGCUUAGUACCUCUUUAAAACCUCGCCUCAACUUUACUCCGCCGUGUUUCAUCAGCACCAAACGGGAGCAUUUGUAUAGUCCGCAAAUGCCCCUGGAUGUACUAAAAGAGAAAGCAAUUUCAAUGCUGACGGAGGCCGUUUACGGCGGCGGGCACCACAUUCGGGAUCCUGUAGGAGGUGGUGUGGAGUAUCAGUUUGUGCCCAUCUUGAGGCUUAUUAGCACUUUGCUGACUAUGGGGGUUUUAGGCAGUGAGGAUGUUCAGAAGAUUUUGCUACUCAUCGACCCAAAUGUGUUCAGAGGGACACGGAAGGGGGGAGGAACAGGACACACAGACAAGGAGGGUCUUAAAGGGACAGAGGGCAAGGCAGUGGAAGCAGGAGAAGAGGAGGCAGCCAAGGAGGCAAAACAACCAAUGGAGGGACUGCUGGAGAAGAGGCUUCCAGAGCCUGUUAAACGACAGAUGUGUGAGCUGCUGCAUUAUUUCUGUGACUGUGAGCUGAAGCACCGCAUCGAGGCCAUCGUGUCCUUUUCCGACAGCUUCGUUUCCAAACUGCAGUACAACCAGAAGUUCCGCUACAAUGAGCUCAUGCUGGCCCUGAAUAUGUCUGCAGCCGUCACAGCAAAGAAGACCAAAGAGUUCAGAUCGCCUCCUCAAGAGCAGAUCAAUAUGCUGCUAACCUUCAGUACGGGAGAUGACUGUCCGUGUCCUGUAGACAUACAGGAGGAACUUUAUGACUUUCACAACCAGCUGCAGCUCCACUGUGGAAUCCCAAUGGAAGAGGAAGAUGACGAGCGGGACACGUCUAUUAAGGGUCGCCUCCUUAUGCUGGUGAACAGGAUCAAAAGUCAGUCUCAGAAAGCACAAGAACCCAAAGAGAAGAAGCAAGCUGCACCAUCUAAUCUGAAGGAGCUCAUCUCUCAGACCAUGGUAAGCUGGUCCCAGGAGUGCCACAUCCAGGACCCAAAACUUGUUCGCAAGAUGUUCAGUCUGCUGAGGAGGCAGUAUGACAGCAUCGGGGAGCUGCUCCGGGCCAUGAGGAAGACCUACACCAUUAGUGCUGCCUCAGUUCAAGACACCAUCAACCUCUUGGCCUCCCUUGGUCAAAUCAGAUCUCUGCUGUCUGUUAGGAUGGGGAAGGAGGAGGAGAAGCUCAUGAUCGAUGGACUCAGUGAUAUCAUGAACAACAAAGUGUUUUACCAGCACCCAAACCUGAUGAGAAUACUGGGCAUGCAUGAGACGGUAAUGCAGGUCAUGGUCAACGUACUUGGAGGAGACAAAUCUCAGGAAAUCGCUUUCCCUAAAAUGGUGGCCAGCUGUUGUCGCUUCCUGUGUUACUUUUGCCGGAUCAGUCGGCAGAACCAAAAAGCCAUGUUCGAUCACCUCAGCUACCUGCUGGAGAACAGUAGCGUGGGCCUYGCCUCACCAUCUAUGAGGGGAUCCACCCCUCUUGAUGUUGCUGCUUCCUCUGUGAUGGACAACAAUGGCUUGGCACUGGCACUCGAAGAACCCGAUCUGGAAAAGGUGGUCACAUACCUGGCUGGAUGUGGACUCCAGAGUUGUCUGAUGCUUCUGGCUAAAGGUUACCCAGACAUCGGCUGGAACCCCAUCGAAGGAGAGCGAUAUCUGUCCUUCCUGCGUUUUGCAGUUUUUGUCAACGGUGAGAGUGUGGAGGAGAACUCGAGUGUUGUGGUGAAAUUGCUCAUCCGUCGCCCAGAAUGUUUUGGACCUGCUCUUAGAGGCGAGGGAGGAAAUGGUCUGCUGGCUGCGAUGAAGGAAGCCAUUAAGAUCUCUGAAACACCCGCUUUGGACCUGCCUGGCUCCGUGCAUCGAGUCAGCUCUGACCUGUCUUGUGAUGAUGAUGAUGAAGAGGAAGUGGUCCACAUGGGCAAUGCCAUCAUGUCCUUCUACUCUGCACUUAUUGACUUGUUGGGACGCUGUGCUCCUGAGAUGCAUCUCAUCAACAAGGGAAAAGGGGAAGCUCUGCGGAUCCGUGCCAUCCUGCGCUCUCUGGUGCCCACGGAGGAUCUUGUGGGAAUUAUCAGCAUUCCUCUCAAAAUGCCGGUCACUAACAAAGACGGAUCAGUGACYGAGCCAGACAUGUCAGCCAGCUUCUGCCCAGACCACAAAGCCCCCAUGGUGCUGUUUUUAGACAGGGUGUAUGGCAUCGAGGACCAAAGCUUUCUGCUUCAUCUGCUGGAAGUGGGCUUCCUCCCUGACCUGAGGGCGGCUACUUCUAUGGAUACGGAGGGUCUGUGUACCACCGAGACAGCCCUGGCCAUGAAUCGAUACAUUGGUUCAACCAUGCUGCCCCUCCUGACCCGCUGUGCCCCUCUCUUUGCUGGCACCGAGCACUUCGCCACCCUCAUCGACUCCACCCUGCACACCAUCUACCGGCUCUCCAAGGGCCGCUCGCUAACCAAGGCACAGAGAGAUGCCAUAGAAGAGUGUUUGCUCUCCAUUUGCAAGCACCUUCGUCCCUCCAUGCUUCAGCAGCUCCUGCGUCGUCUCGUCUUUGAUGUGCCCUUGUUGACUGAAUACUGCAAGAUGCCUCUGAGGCUAUUAACCAACCACUAUGAGCAGAACUGGAAGUACUACUGCCUCCCAUCGGGUUGGGGCAGCUUUGGUACGGCGUCCGAAGACGAGCUGUUGCUCACUAAGAAGAUCUUCUGGGGCGUGUUUGAUUCUCUGUCUCAAAGGAAGUAUGAACCUGAGUUGUUCAAGAUGGCUAUGCCUUGUCUCAGUGCCAUAGCUGGAGCUUUGCCACCAGACUACGUGGAUGCCUCUAUCAAUACGACCGUAGAAAAACCUAUUUCUGUUGAUGCCCAGGGGAACUUUGACCCUAAGCCCAUCAAUAUUGCAAACAUUGUUCUGCCAGAAAAGCUUGAACAUUUCGCCAACAAAUACAGUGAGCAUUGCCAUGAGAAAUGGUCUGCAGAAAAGGUGCUGCUUGGGUGGAAAUAUGGAGACUGUGUGGAUGAGAAGGCCAAGACUCACCCUCAGCUCAGGACCUACAAAGCCCUGACAGAGAAGGAGAAGGAGAUUUACAGAUUGCCAAUUAGGGACUCACUGAAGAGCAUGCUGGUGAUGGGCUGGAGCAUCGACAGAACAAAGGAUGGAGAGAGCAUGUCUCAACAGAGGGAGAAUGAGAAAAUGAGAAAAAUAUCUCAAGCUUCUCAGGCCAAUGGCUUCAAUCCAAGCCCAAUAGACACAAGCAACGUGGUUUUAUCCAGAGAAUUGCAGGGGAUGGUGGAGGUAAUGGCUGAGAAUUACCAUAACAUCUGGGCCAAGAAGAAGAAAAGUGACCUUGGAAGCCGAGGUGGGGGAACACAUCCUCUGUUGGUGCCCUACGACACACUGACAGCCAAGGAGAAGGCCCGUGAUCGAGAGAAGGCUCAGGACCUCUUUCGCUUCCUGCAAAUUAAUGGCUAUAGCAUUACAAGGGGUUUAAAGGACCUAGAGCAGGAUUCCUCCUCCAUGGAAAAAAGGUUCGCCUAUAGGUUCCUCAAAAAGCUCCUCAAGUACGUCGACUCUGCCCAGGAAUUCAUUGCCCACUUAGAGGCCAUGGCUGCCAGUGGCAAAACAGACAGAUCGCCUCAUGAACAGGAAAUCAAGUUUUUUGCCAAGGUCCUCCUCCCUCUCAUCGAUCAGUACUUCAAGAACCACUCUCUGUACUUCCUCUCCUCCCCCAACAAGAACCUCAGCAGCAGUGGUUACGCCUCCAACAAGGAGAAAGAAAUGGUCACCAGCUUGUUUUGUAAACUGGCAGCUCUUGUCAGACACAGGAUUUCACUCUUUGGGAGCGACUCCACCACCAUGGUCAGCUGUCUGCACAUCCUGGCACACACACUCGACACCAGGACGGUGAUGAAGUCAGGCUCAGAGCAGGUGAGGUUGGGCCUCAGGAUGUUCUUUGAGAAUGCUGCAGAGGACUUGGAGAAAACCUUCGAGAACCUGAAGCUGGGGAAGUUCACUCACUCCCGCUCGCAGAUGAAAGGGGUGUCGCAGAAUAUCAACUACACCACCGUGGCGCUGCUCCCCAUUCUGACGGCUCUGUUUGAACACAUCACCCAGCACCACUUUGGAGUCGACCUGCUUUUGGAUGACGUCCAAGUGUCCUGCUAUCGAAUCCUGACCAGCCUCUAUGCAUUGGGCACUGGGAAAAAUAUCUACGUGGAGAGGCAGCUGCCAGCUCUCGGCCAGUGUUUGGCCACUCUGGCUGGGGCUAUGCCUGUAGCCUUCCUAGAGCCAAAGCUUAACACGUACAACCCCUGCUCUGUUUUUAAUACCAAAAGUGCACGGGAUAGAACCGUCCUCGGAAUUCGAGCGUCGGUUGAAGAAAUGUGUCCGGGGAUGCCRCGGCUGGACGGCCUCAUGAAAGACAUCAACGACAUGGCCGAGUCUGGAGCGCGGUACACCGAGAUGCCCCACGUGAUCGAGGUGGUGCUGCCCAUGCUGUGCAACUAUCUGUCCUACUGGUGGGAGAAGGGGCCUGAAAACCAGCCCGCCAGCGGGGGGAACAUCUGCUGCACCACAGUCACCUCGGAGCACCUCAGCCUCAUCCUYGGCAACAUCCUCAAGAUCCUCAACAACAACCUGGGCAUCGACGAGGCCUCGUGGAUGAAGAGAAUCGCAGUUUACGUGCAGCCCAUCAUCAGCAAGGCUCGUGCAGACUUGCUGAAGAGCCACUUCUUACCCACGCUGGAGAAACUCAAGAAGAAGACGGUAAAGGUGGUGGCUGAGGAGGAGCUUCUUAAGGCCGACUGUAAAGGAGACACUCAGGAGGCCGAGCUGCUCAUCCUGGACGAGUUUGCCAUCCUCUGCAGGGAUCUGUACGCCUUUUACCCCAUGCUCAUCCGCUAUGUGGACAACAACAGGUCCAGGUGGCUCAAAGAACCAGAUAUAGACUCCAACGAGCUCUUCAGAAUGGUUGCAGAGAUAUUUAUUCUCUGGUGCAAAUCUCAUAAUUUUAAAAGAGAAGAGCAGAACUUUGUGGUGCAGAAUGAAAUCAACAACCUGUCCUUYUUAACUGGAGACAACAAAACAAAGAUGUCAAAGUCCUUUAAGGAAAAGUCCGGCGGACAAGACCAGGAGAGGAAGCACAAGAAGAGACGYGGUGAGUUCUACUCCAUCCAGACCUCGCUGAUCGUGGCUGCUCUGAAGAAGAUGCUGCCAAUCGGUCUCAACAUGUGUACUCCCGGGGAUCAGGAGCUCAUCUCUCUUGCCAAGACCCGCUACCUCAUGAAAGACACAGACGAAGAGGUGAAAGACCAUAUACAUCAGAAUUUGCACCUUCGAGAAAGGUCUGAAGACCCUGCUGUGAGGUGGCAGCUGAACCUCUACAGGGACAUAGCGAUGAGGAUUGAGGGKCCUCCUGACCCAGAACGAGUGGUGGAUCGGAUCCAGAGAAUCUCAGCUGCCAUCUUUAACCUGGAACAGGUGGAGCAGCCGCUGAGAUCCAAAAAAUGUGUCUGGCAGAAGCUGCUGUCCAAACAGAGAAAGCGAGCGGUUGUUGCCUGCUUCCGAAUGGCUCCACUUUAUAAUCUGCCAAGGCAUCGUUCUAUUAACCUCUUCCUCCUGGCAUAUCAAAGUAUAUGGAUAGAAACAGAGGAGUACUCUUUUGAGGAGAAGCUGGUACAGGACCUCGCAAAAACGCAGCCUAAAGUGGAAGAAGAGGAGGAGGAGGAGAUCAGAAAGCAGCCCGACCCUCUUCACCAGCUUAUUCUGCAUUUCAGCCACAACGCUCUGACUGAGUGCAGUUCUUUGGCAGAAGAUCCUUUGUAUAUUGCCUAUGCAGAUAUGAUGGCAAAGAGUUGUGCUGAAGGUGAAGAAGAGGAAGAAGGAAAAGAGAAAACRUUUGAGGAAAAGGAAAUGGAGAAACAAAAGAUGCUGUAUCAGCAAGCCCGAYUGCACGAUCGGGGAGCAGCAGAGAUGGUGCUGCAGAUGAUCAGUGCCAGCAAAGGUCGUCUUGGUGCUACUGUGACGUUUACCCUCAAACUGGGUAUUUCUGUUCUCAACGGGGGAAACAUUCUGGUCCAGCAGAAAAUGCUGGACUAUCUGAAGGAAAAACGAGAUGUUGGCUUUUUCAAGAGCUUGUCUGGACUGAUGAUGUCGUGCAGUGUUCUGGAUUUGAAUGCGUUUGAAAGGCAAAACAAAGCUGAAGGUCUGGGGAUGGUUACUGAAGAGGGAUCAAUCAACGUGAGUGAGCGGGGUUCCAAAGUUCUGCAAAAUGACGAGUUUACCAAGGAUCUCUUUAGGUUUCUGCAGCUUCUGUGUGAAGGUCACAAUAAUGAUUUUCAAAAUUUCCUGAGAACUCAGACAGGGAAUACAACUACAGUCAAUAUCAUCAUCAGCACAGUYGAUUACCUGCUAAGACUCCAGGAAUCCAUCAGUGAUUUCUACUGGUACUACUCUGGGAAAGACGUCAUUGAUGAGGCCGGGCAGAGAAACUUCUCUAAAGCUCURGCGGUCGCUAAACAGGUCUUCAACUCAUUAACGGAAUAUAUUCAGGGUCCAUGCAUAGGUAAUCAGCAGAGUCUGGCUCACAGUAGGCUGUGGGAUGCAGUGGUGGGUUUCCUGCAUGUUUUUGCCAACAUGCAGAUGAAGUUAUCCCAGGACUCCAGUCAGAUUGAAUUAUUGAAGGAGCUCCUAGACCUGCAGCAGGACAUGAUUGUCAUGAUGCUGUCUCUCCUAGAAGGUAACGUUGUGAACGGAACCAUUGGUAAACAAAUGGUGGACACCUUGGUGGAAUCUUCCAGCAAUGUGGAGAUGAUUCUGAAAUUUUUUGACAUGUUCCUCAAGUUGAAAGACUUGACCACCUCGGAUAGUUUCAAGGAGUACGACUCCGAGAGCAAAGGGGUCAUCUCCAAAAAGGAUUUUCAGAAGUCCAUGGAGAACCAGAAACAGUACACCCAGUCUGAGAUUGAGUUCCUCCUCUCCUGUGCCGAGGCUGAUGAAAACGACAUGUUCAGCUACAAACAGUUUGUGGAGAGAUUUCACGAGCCAGCGAAGGACAUCGGCUUCAAUGUAGCCGUGUUGCUAACAAACCUCUCGGAGCACAUGCCCCAUGACGCUCGCCUGUCCACUUUCCUCAAUCUCGCCGAAAGCGUCCUCAGCUACUUCGAGCCGUUCUUGGGCCGCAUCGAGAUCAUGGGCGGCGCCAAGCGCAUCGAGAGGGUCUACUUUGAGAUCAGCGAGUCGAGUCGCACGCAGUGGGAGAAGCCCCAGGUGAAGGAGUCGAAGCGGCAGUUCAUAUUCGACGUGGUCAACGAGGGCGGGGAGAGCGAGAAGAUGGAGCUGUUUGUCAACUUCUGCGAGGACACCAUCUUUGAGAUGCAGCUGGCUUCUCAGAUUUCGGAGCCGGACCCCGUCGAGCACCAGGACGAGGACGAGGACGAGAGCCAGAGCAUGGUGGAGAACCAAGAGGAGGAAGAGGAAGAGGGCAUGACGAUGGAGUCUUCCUCUGCGUUCACCGUUGCCUGCAUCUCAAUGAGAAAGAGCCUCUGUAAUUUUCGGCAGCUGCUGACCCUCAAGAGCAUGAGGCGCCAGUGCAGGAAGUUCAGGAAGAUGAGUGUGAGGGAGAUGGUGAGGGGCUUCUUUUCCUUCUUCUGGAUCAUCAUCACAGGCUUCUUYCACUUCGUCUACAACUUUGUUUGGGGUUUCUUUCACAUCCUGUGGACCACUCUGUUCGGGGGCGGCCUCGUCGAAGGAGCGAAGAACAUGAAAGUGACGGACAUUUUAGGAAACAUGCCCGACCCCACUCAGUUUGGAAUCCACGGAGACAUUCUGGAGACAGAAAAGAUGGAAGCAAGUGAAGCGUUGACGUUGGAAGAGAUGGGUCAGCUGGCUCAGAGUGAUGCRGCCGAGGCCGACUUGAUGGCCGAGCUGCUCAACAUACAGCCCAAAAGGGAGGGCAAGCAUGGGACUGAGCCGGGUUUGGGGGACGUGUCAGAGGUGGUGGUGGGAGACACUCCUUCAAUAGCCAGUGCAGUCACGCAGAAAAAGGCCCAGAUGGCUGCUAAGAAGAGUUCUACAAAUGGAGACUACAAAUCUGAUUCAGAGAAAGGAGAUUCGGAAGAUGGAGAGAAAAAAGACCAYGACAAGGCCAAAGAUGAAGCCCCCCCAGAGCCCUCAAUGGAGGAGAAGAGAGCCCCGAAGAAGAGGCUCGGUCUGAGAAAAGAGCCACCAGAGGCCUUCAUGGCCAGCUUCUUGGCUGGCCUGGAAAUCUAUCAAACUAAGAUGCUGAACUACUUGGCAAGAAAUUUCUACAACCUCCGCUUCCUAGCCCUGUUUGUUGCUUUUGCGAUCAACUUCAUUCUUCUCUUCUACAAGGUGACUGGUGAUUACUCAGAGGAUGAAGACCCCUGGAGCCGCAGAGGUAGAACGGGAGAGGAGGAGGAAGAAGGAGCGCUCGAGUGUUUUGUCCUGCAGGAAAGCACCGGCUACAUGGCGCCAACGCUUUGCUGUUUGGCGAUAUUACACACUAUCAUUUCUUUCCUGUGUGUAGUGGGAUACUACUACUUAAAGGUGCCUCUGGUGGUAUUUAAGAGGGAAAAGGAGAUAGCGAGGAAGUUGGAAUUUGCCGGCCUCUACAUCACUGAGCAGCCGUCCGAUGAUGACAUUAAAGGACAGUGGGACAGGCUGGUCAUCAACACUCCUUCUUUCCCCAACAACUACUGGGAUAAAUUUGUGAAACGUAAAGUGAUAAAAAAGUACGGAGACCUGUACGGUGCAGAGAGGAUAGCAGAGCUGCUGGGUUUGGACAAGAGUGCUCUGGAUUUCAAUCCCACAGAGGAAACUGUUGCCAAGGAGGCCUCGCUCGUGUCAUGGUUGAGCUCAAUUGAUACAAAGUACCACAUCUGGAAGAUGGGGGUGGUGUUCACAGACAAUUCAUUCCUGUAUCUGGUUUGGUACACUACCAUGUCCAUUCUGGGACACUACAACAACUUCUUCUUCGCUGCACAUCUUCUGGACAUCGCUAUGGGCUUCAAGACGCUCCGCACCAUCCUGUCCUCCGUCACUCAYAACGGCAAACAGCUGGUGCUGACGGUGGGCCUGCUGGCUGUCGUGGUGUAUCUCUACACUGUGGUGGCCUUCAACUUCUUCAGGAAGUUCUACAACAAGAGCGUGGACGACGACGAGCCGGAUAUGAAGUGUGACGACAUGAUGACGUGUUACCUGUUCCACAUGUACGUCGGAGUGAGAGCAGGUGGCGGCAUCGGGGAUGAAAUCGAGGACCCSGCUGGUGAUCCCUACGAACUUUACCGCAUCCUGUUUGACAUCACUUUCUUCUUUUUUGUCAUCGUCAUCCUGCUGGCCAUCAUCCAGGGUUUGAUCAUUGAUGCGUUUGGRGAGCUGAGAGACCAGCAGGAACAAGUCAAAGAAGACAUGGAGACCAAAUGUUUUAUUUGUGGCAUYGGUAAUGAUUACUUUGACACGACGCCUCACGGCUUUGAGACCCACACUUUGCAAGAGCACAAUUUGGCCAACUACCUGUUUUUUCUGAUGUACCUCAUCAAUAAGGAUGAAACAGAGCACACUGGUCAGGAGUCCUACGUGUGGAAGAUGUAUCAGGAGCGCCUCUGGGAUUUCUUCCCGGCUGGAGACUGCUUCCGGAAGCAGUACGAAGAUCAGCUUGGAUAGAGCAGAUGCAUCCACGUGAAGCGGGAAACAUCCUACCUACAAACCCAACGCAGAGUCAACCCAGCAUCACUUUGGAAAGACUUCACCAGAAACAAACACAAGAACUAUUUUAAAAAUAAAAACAAAAACAAGCAGUGGGGGAGGAGGCAGGUAAACGUGGGUAAAGUAUGGCAAAAACAGACCUCUAACAUGCUCAGACUCACUUCUUCUCUUUUUGAUUCGGGACAUGUUAUUGACGUGUGUUUCCUUUUACUCCACAUAACCCCAAAUUAUUGCACAAUUUCUGUUUGUUUGUUUUUUAUUCUACUUCUUUAUUUUGUAGUGUUUUUUGAGAAAUAGUGGGUAUGUGGGGGUAUGGGACAAUGUGUCAGACAUUAUUAUGCACAAUGUAUGAAUGUUGAUCUUGAGACUUAAUGCCAAACAAAAAGCAGAGAGGUUAAAUAGAUUAGAGUGCAAAAAUGUGAUAAAAGAAAAGUUUUAUUCAGAUGUUGUAUUGUUGCAUAUUAAGGUGAAUUUGUAGAAUGAUGUGGCUAAAGGUAAAAAAAAAUAAAAUAAAAUGCCUAAAAUUCUUUUUGAAGUGCCUUACAGUACUGUAUCUACAUUACAAUGAAGCUAUGCAAAACGUUUUCUUUUCUUUAUUGUAUGUAACAGUAACCCAUAACUGACCAGGUACAGUACGUAGUUUUUAUUUGAACGUGUAAGAAAAGCCUUGGUUUGUUUUAUUUUGUUGCUGAAUGCAGCAUAACUUCAGAUGUUCAAGAUACACAAUGUAUAAAUGAAAAAUAGAACUGAACCCCUCAGAUAUGAAAAAAAAAAAUACAAAAAAUAUAUAUGCUAUUGUAUGGCAAUUUGUAUGUAAUAGCUUUGCUGAUCUGUGCAUUUCUUUUGAUGGAAAACAAAUAAAUAGUUAAAGUUAAAAAUGYUCAUUUUUUAUUUAGUUAAAGGGGAAUUGCAAAGUCCACUUUUUUAGCCAUUUAAAGCAGUUUGUUGUGUAUUUGGAGCAUCUAAGAGUGCAGACAAGUUGAAUUUAGUUGCUGAGAUAUCUUUAAAUCUGUUAAUUUUCAACCUACUUUCUCUAUGACGCCUUCUGAACUAUUACAUCCCGUUGACCACUGAACAAUAAUGAAGAAAUAUAAAUGUUUAUAAUUGAACUAAAUAUCUAAAAACUGAUUUAUUGUGGUAGUAGCUUGGAUUUAUCCUCAGCUCAUAUUUUGAGCACCUCUGAUUAAAAACAUUGACAUGAA